AUGAUCCCACAAGUAGUGACCAAUGAGACUGACACAGUGAUUUCAACAAAUGAGAUAAAAUUUCCCCAAACAGACAACCCUCAGCCUGUUCACCAAAGGCAAGGCAGCCUGCAGAAACAUCUGAGAGCAGAGGUCAAAGUGAUGGCGGCGAUCCAGGUCAUGUGUGGUGUGAUGGUGUUGUGUCUGGGCAUCAUUUUGGCAUCUGCUCCUAACACCCCACACUUUACCCCAGUGUUUUCUGUCCUGUUAAAAUCUGGCUACCCAUUUGUAGGAUCCUUGUUUUUUGUUGUCUCUGGAAUUUUGUCUGUCAUCACAGAGAAGAAGACGACUAAGCCUUUGGUUCACAGAAGCCUAGCCCUGAGCAUCUUGAGUGCUCUUUUUGCUCUCACAGGCAUCAUUAUCCUGUCCACCAACCUGGCUUCUUUAGACUCUGCCUUGCAGCAGUGUAAAUUGAUGGCAAUACCACAGCCAGCCACAACCACAUCAUAUUAUCAUUACCUUCGCCCAAAUCUAUCCGACAAGAACUGCUUCAAGGUCAAAGCUACUCUGACUGGGACAUUUUCACUGAUGUUGAUCUGCACUGUGUUGGAGCUUGGCCUGGCGGUGAUCACUGCCAUUGUGUGGUGGAACCAGGGUCACUCUGACUUCUCUGGGAAUGUGAUUUUCCUGUCCCGGGACUCAAAGAAAAAAUGCAGUGUAUCGUCAGAGUCACUUUGUAACCCUGAAUAUGGGAAAGUUCUGACUUCUUAAUAAUUAAGUAGA